AUGGCUACUUCGACAAAGAAGACAGCACAUGGGUACAACUACUCGCUGUGGAACAUCUGGGUGGCGUCUACGCUUUUGAAAGUGUUACUUUUCCCAUCUUAUCAUUCGACUGAUUUCGAUGUCCAUAGGAAUUGGCUCUCUAUAACCUCACUUUUACCCUUGAAGGAUUGGUACAUUGAUUCCACGAGUCAAUGGACGUUAGACUAUCCGCCAUUUUUCGCAUACUUUGAAUGGGUUCUUUCGAGGUUUGUUUCGAAAUCCGUAGCUGAUGAUGGGUGUAUAGCACUGGUUCCAGCCGGCAACUAUGGAACAAGGACGAUUUUCUUUCAGAGAAGUACAGUGAUUGUUAGCGAGAUUGUAUUGUUUGUUGCAUUGCAGUGGUUCAUCAACACUGCCAGAACCAACCGGGAGAAAAGGAGGAACUUUGUCAUUUCUGCGUCAAUUGUGUUAUCUCCUGGUUUAUUUAUUAUAGAUCAUAUACAUUUCCAAUACAAUGGGUUUCUUUUCGGGAUAUUUGUUUUGUCCAUUAUUAAUGCCAAAAUGGGGAACCAUGUGGCGUGUGGGUUUUGGUUCUCAGUGCUCCUGUGUUUCAAACAUAUAUUUCUUUAUGUUUCCCCCGCUUAUUUUAUUUUCCUAUUGUCAGGUUAUUGUUUGAACCCACCACCAGCAAAAAUAAACAUGAGCAGCUUGAUUCAAAUCAUUAGAUGGAAGAACCUUUUCAAAUUGGGAGUAACUGUUCUAGGAGUUUUCUUUGUCGCAUUUGCACCGUUUAUCUAUUAUGGAGUAUUCCCGCAAUUGGUUGAGAGAUUAUUCCCAUUUUCUAGAGGGUUGACACAUGCGUAUUGGGCGCCCAAUGUUUGGGCAAUAUAUUCAUUUUUGGACAGAUUACUUGUACAAAUUGCGAAAAAAAUGCCAAUUCUUUAUAGAAUCUUCAAUACAUCGCCAUUAUUGGUUAACGACUCAUUAACUAGAGGGAUUGUUGGUGAUGUUAAAUUCACCUUUUUACCACAGAUCGAGCCGAACCACACAUUCAUAUUAACCCUCUUCUAUCAGUUGAUGUCAUUGAUACCACUUUUCAUACAACCGACAUUUGAGAGAUUUGUUGGAUCUCUAUCACUCUGUGCAUUUUCGUCAUUUCUAUUUGGUUGGCAUGUCCAUGAGAAGGCCAUUAUGUUGAUCAUUGUUCCUCUUACAUUUGUCGUAUGCCAGGACAGAAAACUGUUGCCUCCUUUCCAACUAUUGACCAGUGCCGGCUAUGUUUCUCUGUUCCCCCUAUUAUAUGGAUCGGCAGAAUGGAUGUUUAAGAGUCUGAUUACAUUUGCGUGGUUUAUUGUAUUCCAAACGAGCUUUAGCGGGGUCGUGCAUAAAUCACGGAGAAUCUCAACACGCGUAGUUGUUCUUGAUAGGUUGAACUUGGUGUACAUGUUGUUAUUCACGCCAAUGUGUAUAAUAAACCAAGUCUUGGACAUUCAGAGUCGAAAUUUCCAAAUUUUGAAGAAACUCGAAUUCUUCCAAUUAAUGAUGUUCAGUGUCUAUUGUUCCUUUGGGGUUAUAUCAUCGUGGAGUUCGAUAUCGUGGCUCUAUUUCUUGGACGACAGUAUUUGGGUGAACAAGGAGGGUGAGGACCUGCGGGAUGUGAAGGUAGUGUAG